AUGUCGACCCCUUCUACUGCUACGGCAACCCAUCCAUCUCACCAGCGUUACGGAUACUCUCGUCAUCAAGUAUACCACCAGCCUAACCCGCAGUCGUUCCCCACCGCGUCAGCGGCGAGCAAUGCGCUUGCAAACUCGUUCAGCUACACGUCCAACCAUCAGUCGACCACCAACGGGCUUUCGCUAGCAUCCACGCCCAAAACGACCGCUCCAGUGCCUUCCAUGGCCUCCUACAGCACGCCCACAGUCCUCCCGACUGCCCACAGCCGGCGGAAACAGCCGGACUGGGGAGAGUUUUAUAAGAACGGCGUCCCCAAGGAGAUAAUUGUUAUUGACGACGACGAUGAUGACGAUAAUACAAACAACGAUCCUGUGCCCGUCUCUGCUUCGGCGGUGACCUCAUCCACCAGAACUGCACCCCGUGUUGCCCCUUCUGCCUCUUCUUCCAACCUGCCGGCAAACAAGAAACGAAGGACCGACGCCAGUUCAGGCGUCGACGUCUACUACGAACGCCCUGCCUACUCUGCCUCCUCCCAAAAGUACGGCGAGGGCUCGUCUGCGGCGCCUUCAAUGUCGACCGACCGCACCGCCUCUAUUCAUACCACCGCUCCCACCUCACUUGGCUCGCAGGCUAGCGGUUCUGCAGCCAACAACGCCUACCUUGAUGAUGUCGCUGUCGGCCAGAAGCGGAAGCGAGUCGUGACACGUAAGGCUGCACGUGAUGAAUUGAAACGAAGAGAACUCGAGACCGUCGGCGAUGCAUUCAGCAGCUAUAUUCCUCCUCCAAAGCCGCCCAUCAAGGCCAAAGAUGUCGUUGUCCCCGUCAUCCGUGAUUACAACGCGAAUAAAAACCAGAAGAUCGACGAUGAAGAUGGACAUUACAUCGUCAACCCGGACACCAAUCUCACCGACAAAUUUCAUUCCCCCCGGCUAGACUCAAUUAUCCGCCUUCUGGGCCAAGGCACAUUUGGCAAGGUUGUGGAGGCAUAUGAUAGACAAAGAAAGACUCGCUGUGCAGUGAAGAUCAUCAGAUCGGUCCAGAAAUACCGCGAUGCCUCUCGGAUCGAACUUCGAGUCCUCUCAACUCUCGCAUCCAACGACGAGACUAAUAGAAACCGGUGUAUCCAUCUUCGGGACUGUUUCGAUUUCAGAAACCAUAUCUGCAUCGUCACCGACUUGCUGGGCCAGAGCGUGUUUGAUUUCCUAAAAGCAAACUCCUUCGUCCCAUUCCCGAGCAGCCAGAUCCAAAACUUCGCUAGACAACUCUUCACCAGCGUUGCCUUUCUACACGAUGUCAACCUUAUACACACCGAUUUGAAACCUGAAAAUAUUCUUCUCGUCAGCAAUGCUUACCAGACGUUUACAUAUAACCGAACCAUCCCAUCUUCCUCUCACACAACCUCGAGGACUGCUCGGCAACGACGUGUCCUGCUCGACAGCGAGAUUCGUCUAAUAGACUUCGGUUCUGCGACUUUCGACGAUGAAUACCAUUCCUCCGUGGUUUCGACUCGGCAUUAUCGUGCCCCUGAGAUUAUUCUCAAUCUUGGAUGGAGCUUCCCCUGCGAUAUCUGGAGUAUAGGCUGUAUCUUGGUCGAGUUCUUCACCGGAGAUGCCCUCUUCCAGACACACGACAACCUCGAGCACCUCGCCAUGAUGGAGAGCGUUUGUGGUGGUAAAAUAGACCCAAAACUUGUCAGACAAGUUCUACAAGGCCGUAACGGACACGGUGCCAAUUCUGCUGCUAAAUAUUUCAACCGCACCAAACUUGACUAUCCAAAUGAAGAUACCUCCAGAGCGUCAAGAAAAUACGUAAAAGCAAUGAAACAACUUCACGAAUUUAUUCCUGCAACAACUUCCUUUAACAAACAAUUCCUUGACCUGCUUCGCCGCAUCUUCGUCUAUGACCCCAAAGUUCGCAUUACUGCCAAAGAGGCCCUCAAGCACCCAUGGUUCAAGGAUACUAUCAUCGAUGAUGGUACUGAGGCAGUCCGUAUCCGCCAGGAGCAGCAGCGUGGGGCCUGA